AUUAGCCAAAGCAUUCAAUUUGUUCAAUCAGAUAGACAAAACCCAAUCUCUAAAAUCAUCCAUGGCUUUUACAGCCGCCCCUUGUUCUCAAACUUCCUAUACCCAUCCCCUCAAACUCAGAGACCGGAACAAGCAGCUAUUCCGGCCGCCGGUGCUGUUAGGAAGAACCCAAAAGGAAAAGAAAGUGACGGCGGCGGCGGCUGCGGCGGGGGGUAAAGAAUCAGGACCAGGGCCGAAUACUAGACCGCAGCCUGGAGUUGACACGAGAAUACAUUGGGAGAAUGAUGAAGAAGGAUGGAUUGGUGGAAGCAACAGAGCAAAAUCCUCCGAUCAAGAACAGGGUAAAUCCUCCGACCCAUUUGAUCUAUUGGGAGAGAAGAAUUUCUCAGAGUUGCUAAGCAAUUACUCCGAUUCUCAUUAUCAGUUUCUGGGUAUAGCUCCGGAUGCUGAUUUGGAAGAUAUAAAAGCAGCUUACCGGCGGCUGACAAAGGAAUAUCAUCCAGACACGACAUCUCUUCCGAUUAAGGCGGCUUCAGAGAUGUUUAUGAAAUUGAGGGAGGUUUAUAAUGUGCUGAGUGAUGAAGAGAAGAGGGGUUUCUACGAUUGGACUUUGGCGCAAGAAGCGGCGAGUCGAGAGGCAGAGAAAUUGAGGGUUAGGUUUGAGGAUCCACAGGCGCUUGAUUUGGAGAAGUUUGAGUCGGUGCCGGAUAUGGUGGAUAGAUUGGAAGGGAAGAACAUGCCUUUGAGUGAUCAAGCUAUGUCGGCUUUAACGUUUGAUAUUUUGAUUAUUGUUUUUUCUGUUUGUUGUAUUGUAUAUGUUGCCUUCUUUAAGGAACCUUAUUAAUAAGGUUUAAUUACCUAGUUACUAUUCAUCUAUAGAAUUACUAAAGAUAAAAUAUUGAUUUUCUC